UCCCCUCCCCUCCCCUCCCAUCCCAUCCCCGGCCGCGGAGGGAGGCUGCCGGGAUGGUGCAGAAAUCGCGCAAUGGGGGCGUCUACCCCGGCCCCAGCGGGGAGAAGAAGCUCAAGGUGGGCUUCGUGGGGCUGGACCCCGGCGCCCCCGACUCCAACCGGGACGGGGCUCUGCUCAUCGCCGGCUCCGAGAGCACCAAGCGCGGCAGCAUCCUCAGCAAGCCCCGCUCCGGGGUGGCCAGCACGGGGAAGCCCCCCAAGCGCAACGCCUUCUACCGCAAGCUGCAGAAUUUCCUCUACAACGUGCUGGAGAGACCCCGCGGCUGGGCCUUCAUCUAUCACGCCUAUGUAUUCUUAUUAGUCUUCUCCUGCCUGGUGUUGUCUGUCUUCUCUACCAUCAAGGAGUAUGAGAAGAGUUCAGAGGGAGCCCUUUACAUUCUGGAAAUCAUCACCAUUGUGGUCUUCGGUGUCGAGUAUUUUGUGAGGAUCUGGGCUGCUGGCUGCUGCUGCCGUUAUCGGGGCUGGAGGGGGAGGUUAAAAUUUGCUCGCAAGCCCUUCUGCGUGAUUGACAUCAUGGUGUUGAUUGCUUCCAUCGCCGUAUUGGCUGCUGGUUCCCAGGGAAAUGUCUUUGCCACAUCAGCACUCCGGAGCUUGCGGUUCCUGCAGAUAUUGCGCAUGAUUCGGAUGGACCGGAGAGGAGGUACCUGGAAACUUCUUGGGUCUGUGGUGUAUGCCCACAGCAAGGAGUUGGUGACUGCGUGGUAUAUUGGUUUUCUCUGCCUCAUCCUGGCCUCUUUCCUGGUAUACUUGGCAGAGAAGGGAGAAAAUGAGCACUUCGAUACCUAUGCGGAUGCCCUGUGGUGGGGCCUGAUCACCUUGACCACCAUUGGCUACGGAGACAAGUACCCUAAAACCUGGAAUGGACGCCUUCUGGCUGCAACUUUCACCCUCAUUGGGGUUUCCUUCUUUGCUCUCCCGGCUGGCAUUUUAGGCUCUGGGUUUGCUCUGAAGGUCCAAGAACAGCAUCGUCAGAAGCACUUUGAGAAGAGGCGAAAUCCUGCCGCUGGCCUGAUCCAGUCUGCAUGGAGAUUCUACGCGACCAAUCUUUCCCGGACAGACUUACACUCAACCUGGCAGUACUACGAACGUACCGUGACAGUCCCCAUGUACAGCUCGCAAACACAAACUUACGGUGCCUCCAGACUAAUUCCACCUCUCAACCAGCUGGAGCUCCUAAGGAACCUGAAGAGUAAAUCCGGACUCACUUUCAGGAAAGAACCUCAGCCAGAACCAUCACCCAGUCAGAAGGUCAGUUUGAAAGAUCGUGUCUUCUCCAGUCCCCGAGGCGUUGGCGCCAAGGGGAAGGGCUCUCCACAGGCCCAGAGUGUCCGGAGGUCCCCCAGCGCGGACCAGAGCAUUGAAGAUAGCCCGAGUAAAGUGCCCAAAAGUUGGAGUUUUGGGGAUCGGAGCCGAGCCCGGCAGGCUUUCCGGAUCAAAGGAGCUGCAUCGAGGCAAAACUCCGAAGAAGCAAGCCUUCCCGGAGAGGACAUCGUGGAUGACAACAAGAGCUGCAACUGUGAGUUUGUGACUGAAGAUUUAACACCGGGACUUAAAGUCAGCAUCAGGGCUGUUUGUGUCAUGCGAUUUCUUGUGUCCAAGCGGAAGUUCAAGGAGAGCCUGCGGCCAUAUGACGUGAUGGACGUCAUAGAACAGUACUCAGCAGGCCACCUGGACAUGCUCUCCCGGAUUAAAAACCUCCAAUCCAGGAUAGAUAUGAUUGUGGGUCCCCCGCCCCCUUCAACUCCCCGGCAUAAGAAGUAUCCAACCAAAGGACCUAUGUUCUCUUCUAAAGAAUCACCCCAAUACUUGCCUAGAGUUGACCAGAUUGUCGGACGAGGGCCAGCUAUAACAGACAAGGAUCGAACCAAAGUGCCAGCUGAAGGAGAAUUGCCAGAAGACCCGAGCAUGAUGGGCAGGCUUGGAAAGGUGGAAAAACAGGUCCUGUCGAUGGAAAAGAAGCUAGACUUCCUGGUAAACAUUUACAUGCAGCGAAUGGGCAUCCCUCCAACAGAAACCGAAGCCUACUUUGGAUCUAAAGAACCAGAACCCGCGCCUCCCUACCACAGCCCAGAGGAGAGCCGAGAGCAUAUCGACAAAAAUGGCUGCAUCAUCAAGAUCAUCCGGUCGACCAGUUCCAUGGGGCAAAAGAAUUUCUCUGCUCCCCCGGUCCCUGGCGUGCCCACCAAUACGUGCCCACCAUCCACUUCCUGGCAACACCAGGCCUAUCAGCGCCAGGGCCACGGCUCCUCUCCUGUGGGAGACAACAACGGUUCCCUGGUCCGGAUCCCCCCUCCACCUUCCCACGAGCGCUCCUUAUCAGCUUACAGCGGGGGCAACCGGGCCAGCGCAGAAUAUCUCCGCAAUGAAGACGUUACCACUAAGCACCAUGAGAGUGCCUUGAGGGACAGCGACACCUCCAUCUCCAUCCCGUCGGUCGAUCACGAGGAGCUGGAGCGCUCCUUCAGUGGUUUUAGCAUCUCCCAGUCCAAGGAGAACUUGGACGUCCUCAACAGUUGCUAUGCAGCCGUGGCUCCCUGUGCCAAAAUCAGACCCUACAUUGCAGAAGGAGAAUCAGACACUGAUUCCGACCUCUGCACUCCUUGCGGGCCUCCCCCAAGAUCAGCAACAGGGGAGGGUCCUUUCAGUGACAUGGGGUGGUCUGGACCCCGAAAAUGAUGUCAUUCAAGGGAGUUCAAGACUGCCAGCCAGCUGUUCUUUCAUGCACUCUGCAUGUUGAACUCCUUCAGGAGAUGUACAGCUAAGAUUUUGCCCGUUGGGACUUCACUUAGUUCUGGAACAAAUUCCUACUGCUACCUGGAGUCCAGACAGCUGCUGGGUUGAAUAAGCGAUCAGGAGCCUGAAGUGUCUGGAUUUCUUCUGAAAAUGUCUUUCUAAGCUCUCUAGGUAAAGGGGUAAUCUGGUGCAGGGUAGGUGACCGUGUUUCUUGGCGAGCCUUCAGUUGCAGGGCACAGAUAUCGGCGGAGCAAGUUUUUAUAUAUAAAAGAUACUUGAUAUUGCACUAGUGUGCUAAGGGGGUUACAUAUGGAGUGCCGUGUGAUUACAAAGUAAACAUGAUAACGACUGUCUCGUGAAACAGGUUUCAUGUUAUGCAGUGAUCAUGUACAGACUGGAAUCUUUCCAUUUCCUACUGACCAGUGGAAGCAUGGUGUAAUUGCAGUCUAAAACACGGGACCUUGGAUGGGGCUGGACAAUUUCCUUUUGAAGGAUCCACUGUCAAAAUUAGUAGCUCUUUUGACACACUGAAAUUUCCUGUGAGAAAGUUUAGAAUGUGAAUCCUGAAAUUAGGAAAGGAAAGCUAGGAUGGAAGGUGGGGUGGACCAAAGCCAUUUGAGGGCCACUUAAACGCAGAAGAGGUGAAAAGACUUCAGACAAAGAAUUAUGAGACGGGGAAUGACAUCAAUCAAUAGGGGCGAGGAGAGAGGGGUGGCUUCAUGAAUUAUCUUCCAGCAAUUAGCUUAUCCCCAAACUACAGACCCCUUAGAUGUGAUUUCCUACAGGCAUGCUGUUGGAAUCUCACCUUUACUCCAUACACUGAUCUGUGUGUAGCAGAGGGAGAGGAAUGGGUGAGUAGAGAAACUUUAUGUCAGUGUAGGUAUCUGGUGAGUGCAUUUAUUAUGUGAUGAGUAGUGAACAGUCAAGUGGAAGGAUCGUCCUGUCCUUAAGUAGUUCAAUGUUGCCCUUUCUUCCAUGGUUCAUAUUGUGCCUGCUAAACUAUGCCCUCUACAUUUCUACAAAAAAAGUUUUCCCCGCACUCCAACUGAGAUUUCUUCUUUGACUCCCCUUCCCACAUCCCUCAUAUUCCUCACUGAGUUUGCUCCUCUCUCCAGCAUUUAAUGGCAGGUUUCCUGCCUAGAGUCAGAAAUUAUUUCUCUUUCCCUCACACUUUUGGUACCAAUUUACAAGUGCUGCCAGUCAACCAUUGCCCUGUUUUCUCCACGUGUUGGGCAGGGUUCUGUUCAUUGCCCAAAUGGAUAAUUCUGCUCUGGGUCAGGAGUCAGGAAUCCUGCUGGGAGCUGAGGGAGAACCAGAAGAAAGAACAAGGAUGGUUUCUUUCGGGGACCAAGAUGAAGUCACAAAGUGAUCCUUUACUGUUGUAUAACCACAAACCUCAAUUAAGGGACAUGGGGUUGGUGGAUUCUGGGGGUGAUCAAACACCUCAUUCAAACUGACCCCCACUGAAAGUCCCAUUUAAGUCCUCUUUUAACCUCCUAUCCUGUAUUUCUGAUACACUUCUAAAAGGGUAAUAAAACCAAAACCUACUGAGGUAUUUCGGCUAUGACCAGGAUUUCAUGUUCCCCCCCAGCUUCCCAUCAUAUCUACACUCCUUUCCUCGGUGAUAUAACGGCUCAACUUUCAUGUUGCUUGAAACGUGUCAGGGGCCAGCUGUGUCACAGAGGAUAGACAGGCAAGCUUAGAUUUCCUAGGCUUUCUCUUCUUCCUCUUCCCUGUACAUAGAGCAGGAAGAGAGCUAAGGUGUCAAACACCCACUGUGACCACCAGUCCUUUCUUGUGCCGAUCUGCCCUGUUUAAAAGGAAAUGUCUUAACUAGUGACCCAAUAUUGAUCGAAGAAUUGUCAGGAAAAACAGCUAUUUGGACAUUGUUUCCUGUUCUUUGUUUACAGAGCCAGACAGGCUCUAUUAAGAAAUCUCACUCCAUGUGAAAGAAAAAAAGUACUAAUUCAUGAGGUGAAAGAGCAGCCUUGUUCGCCCAUUGGACAGCAAAGCCCCCUUGGUAGUUAAGAAUUUAACACAAUACAGUAAUAUAGGAUGGCCCAAGAUAAGGAGAUGCCAUUUACUUGGAUUCAAAAACAACAGAAGAACUCUGUACCAUAGGUACUACAUACUGUAUGCUGGGCAGAGUACAAAUUGGCAAAAAAUAAAAAUUGGCAUGAACUAAAUUCAGGCUUACUGUAAAAAAAAUCUUGGUUUUAAAAGCUUCUGCAUUUAUUUCAAAUUGUAACAUUUCUAUCACUACCAAGUUGGGUGGGUAUUUUUUUUUCCUUGGGUCACCCUAUAGAAUCAAUAAUGAAUAUAAUUUUUUUUUCCAGAUGGUAACUCCCCAUCUGCCAAGCAACAAAAACUCUGACUCAUUGCACAUUCUGAUUUAAACGAACUCCAAAACAAAAGGAUAAGAAACACGCUCCAUAACGUUCUUGCUUAAAUGACACUUUUCUUUCAUUUUCCAAUCCAUGUUGGACAUAAUCGUCCUUCUCUCCUUGCCUGUGACUGCCUCCCCUUUCUCUUUCGAAGACAUUGACAAGAUAUUCAGCGAUUUACUACCAUGUCUUCUAUAUUUCUCAAAUUGUAAGUUGGUUUAAAACAUAUCUUUUAAUCUUUUGAUGCAUUCUGAAGAAUGCCAGAUAGUUCUCUUUUUUAAAUAAAGGCCUGUCUUAAUCGAAUCCCCAUCCAACAUCUGGGUAGCUAGGCAUAUAUGAAGGGCACAUCUAGAAAACUAGAUUUAAAUGACCACAGACUAUGUCACAAGGGAAACCACAAACUGGAUUUCUCAUCCUGAACGGUAACUUUCAUCAUUCUGGAGCAUUCAUUCAAUGAACAUAGGGCAUUUACAUAUCACUUAAGAAUUUGGGUGCCUUUUGGGAUGACUUGUGCUUCUUUAAACAGAAUGUUUUCAACAAAAAUGAUAAACAAGAAAUCCAACUCAGAUUUAAUAUUAGAUUAGCUUUCUUGGGUAAGGUAUAUGAUUGCUUUUUAACUUGUACUGGAUUCUUAUUUGUUUGCUCAGCAACCAGGACCAACUAAAGUGUCAUUUCUAUUAAGACAAUGAAUAUACAUAUGCCUUUGUGAAAAUAUUCUGUUUAACAAUUUGCAUAUGUACUUUUAAUUACAACAUUUAAAAAAUAGAUAAGUAAAAUAAUGGUGGGUUCCAGUAUUUAUAAACAUUUUACUUGGAGUUAAUUAAUGGAACUGAACUGCAACCAUAAAAUAAUCUUUCACUGAAGUAGAACAAAAUACACUUCUUAAGAUCCUACAUUUAGAAAUACUUCAGGUCCUAAUAAGGAAACACGAUGCUAACAGUAUUACUUUAAUAGUGGGUUUUGACUUGUGGCACAAGAGAUUAACAUUAAAAACUAGCUCUUGAAGUUUACAAAUCCUCCUAUUUUUUACUGGAGAAGAAUUCAGCUACAUCUUCAAGAGGAGUAGUAUUUAUCUAAAGACAAAGUAAAUUUAGUUUCCUGAUUAACCUCCCAUGCCCACCCUGCCCCUGAGAAGAAUUCUCCUCAGCCUGAUCAGUGUUCUCUCCCUUGCUUCUCUUUACUCCUUCCCUCUUGGUCAGAGUGAUGCUUGAUUUCUUCCCCUCCAUUUCCACAGCUGUAGAGUAACCUGAGGCUCUUUCCCCUGCUCUUAGUCAUCGCAAAGAGUACCUAAAAUGACCCUUCUUAAUGGCACUAGUCACCAAUGUCAUAGUGUCAAGUACCAUAAGUCACGUUAGGCAAGCCAGAUGGGCUUAAAGGCACUUGGGCAGCUAGGCAAAUGGAAGUGACACAGAAGAAAGACAAAUGACAAAGUAGACAGAUGGAAAGAGAAGAGAAACCUCCUCCCAGCACCCUAAUUAAACAGGCCCCUGAACAAUUUGCCAGAGUUUGCUUCUGUGGUAGUCAGCUCUGCUGGCAAACAUUUGAGGAUUUUUAGGAGCAACCAAAACAUCAUACAAUCGUUAGCUACAGCCAUUGACCCAGCAACACUGGGUAACCCUCCUACUAUUCAAAAAAGGGCUAGGACAGCAUCUAUCCCUUUCUCACUGGCAACUACAGGGUGUGAACUUAUCUUCUGAGAAAUGACCAGCAUGGCUCUGAAGACUGUUUUAUCACUGGGGCAAAAACAUCGUUGCUCCAAGAGGUGGAUUUGCAAACUUGAAUACAGCUUUUCUGGGCAUGGACAUCCCUCAGAGGCUUCUGGUGCCUUUCCCAAAGUUCUUUAUCCCACUGUUUGAUAAGUUGAAUGUAUAAUCGUUCUUUUCCAUCUCAAUACACACUCAAUGCUGAUAUGAAAGUUCUGUUUCUUAGACCAACAUCAUCUGCACAGUGAUGGCCCAUUAGAGAAAUACUUAAAAACAAAUAGGAAAUGAAUAACACCUCCCUUUUUUCCCCAAUAACACUAAAGAUGGUCGGCACUAUCUAAGGAUUCUUCCCCAGAGCCAUUUUGCCUAAAUUUAGGAGUAAGACUUCCUCUGGGCUCUUUAAAGUCAGAUGAUUUAGCCAUCUCCUAUAAAUGGGGAACACUGAUGAACUUCAGGAGGAAAAAGUGUGCCAGAUAGUGUCAUCACUGUUUCCCCCAGAUAGACUCUUCAGUGUAAUAUAACUUUUUAAAAAUUUUCCAUUUCAAUGUAAUAUGCAUUUCAGAACAGUGCACAUGCUUUUCUAGUAAGAAUUGGAAUCUUUUCUUAUCAGGAUAUAAGUUAGCAGUGUUUAAACUGGUGAUUUCAAAGCAUACUUAGGAAAAUAUAUAGGAUGAUUCUUCUUGAGUAUAUAUCUAAAUUUGAUGCUUGAAAAACACACUUUUUGCUUGUCAGAUUAUGUUGAGCAGGAGAGUACUCAGAAUUUUGUCAUAAAUCAAUGGGUUCAUAUUUAAGACUUCAGCUUGAGUCAAUCACUUGUGAUACUCUCCUCCUCCAUGGUCCAGGGGAAAGUGAAACAUAUUUUGCACAUAUGAAUGAACUAUUUAACUUUCAAUUUUGCCUGCUAGUGCAUGCUAUUCAAGUACAGAAUUGUGUUCCUUUCAUUACCCAGUUUGUUCUUUCUCAAUACAAUCCAUUUUACAGGGGUAAAAUCUCACACCUCAUGGAGCAUCCAAAGAUGCAUUAAUCACUCAAUCAUUUUAUACGUAUCAUUGAAGUAACAGCAUCUGAUAUAUGGCUUGGUUCAUCUUAUAUAUGACCCUCCAAGUAUGCAUGGGCUCCAUUACAUGUAACCAGAAGUAGGUCCCAUCUAGCAUAUAAAUACACAGGAAUACACAAGUGAAUGGACACAUGGAUGCAGCGUGGGUUUACUACUGAUAAAUUACUAUUUGUGAGAUUAUGAAGAGACAUUUGGGAAAUUAUGGUAAUUGUUCUGUUUCUGCUGAAAUCAUUCCUAAUGAGCUUAAACUACAGAGGAACAAUUUGAUGCUGGGAAUAGCUUCCUGAUGAGUGUCAAGGCUGUGAGGUACAGAAAUGAUAGCGUUUCCUUAUUAGGAGACUUUUUCAAUAAUUGAAUAGACAACUAGCUAAGUGGAGUACUACAGAGAUUCACAAAGGCAGGAGUUCUUCUCAACCCUUUGAUUCUUUGACCUGAAACUUUCUUCUUUGGAAGCUCAUUCAUGGAAGGCUGGAAUCCACAUUGGUGGAUAAAUAUGCAGCCCUGAACUUUCACAGACAUUUUUCCAAUUUGUUUGAGUCUAUUCACCAGACUGCCAGUGUUAAAAUGCACGCAAAUAUUUUAUGAAUGGUCUAAAUUUUUAUUUGAUGUGUUUCUUACACUCUAAAAAUAGGAUAUUACUCCUCUUUCUCAAGUAUUUCUCUUGGAUGGGCAUGUGCACAAAAACAAAGUGACCAGGACACUUAAAAGUCAAAGGGCCAUUAAGUAAAUGCAGUGCUGACAGCAAAUGCUGAGGUAAGGUCAUCUUUAGCUCUUUCAAAUAACAGACACAGGCAUGCCCUUACACUACACACACUUAUAUCCCUAUAAGAUUUUCUAUAUCUUUCUCUCUUAGGCAUUUUCUGUGGCUGAGCCUCCAGGGGAAAUCUUAAAUUCCAGAUGUUAUUGGGGGACAUCGGAGAGGUCCUGGAACAGUGGACUUAGACUCAGGGUUGUUUUGUAACCUGUAAACAAGACUUGGGAUCUCUUUGAUAUCCAGUGUUUAGAAUGCAUUGUCCUUUUAAGUACAGUGAAACAUCAUGACUAAGAUUUUCUCAUGCACCAACCCUAGUAGUAAAAGCAAAGACAUUUAUUGAGUGCCCCUCGAGUGCCAGGUUCUAAGCACUUGGAAAAGUAUCACAGGAGCAUGAGACACAUUCCCUACCCAUGAGGCGCUAACACUCCAAUGGGACAGACAUAAGAAAUACUUAGAAUUAGGGUAAUCAGAAUAAAUAAUUGUAAAUAAGUGCUCAAAUAUAAUCAAGCAUUCCGAUGCAGACAUAAUUAACUCUUUUCCUAAACAUUGAUCACUGAUCUAAUUGAUAACUAUGUGAAUAUAAAGGAGGAGGAAGUAUUUAUGUGGGGUUAAUAGUUUCCAUAUUUCUAAAUUUUCUUUAAAUUUGCUUCUCAUUCUCCCAUGCUUACAUCCAUAACUAUGAUGAUAAAUCUUAUCCUAUAUUGAGAACUCAUUGGUAGACUGACAAUUAAAAACAGAAAUGGUUUUCUCUAUUUCUUGAUAUGGAGUUAGGUCCAUCUGCAACUAGUCCAUUUUGGAAGUGUGCAAGAUUAAUAAGCAUUAGGAGUAGCAAGUCUAGAAUUCACCAUUUGCUGUUAGGUGAUUCAAAAAUAUUGUAGGCCAUGCUGCCUAAACCUGACAGUAAUUAUCACACUUUUUCAAAAAGUGUUUCUCAUAAAUCAGAAUACUUUUUUAAAAAAGAAAAUUAUUUGGACACAUGCAAUUUCUACCAAAUAAACAAAUUUCUAGCCCCCAAGCUUGUCCCCAGUUUUAAAAUUUAGUGUUUCUGACCUUGCUAAACAAAGCGGUCUGGGACACUACAAUUUAUAAUAGCCUUAUCUCCCAAAGUGUAAGACUGUGGUAUUAGUUUUAUAAGGAAAAUAUGAAAUUGAAUAUUUGUACAAAAGGACAAUGGCCUACACCUCUCUUUGUACUUUAGAAGUUUCAAAAUACAGAUGUAACAGCAAACAAGAGUAUGGCUAAACUACUAACCCUGAGGUUUUGAUAAUUAUUUUUCUUUUUUUUUCAUUUCAACUGGUGAAUUUCCAAUUUAUCAAGUGCACACUCUUUAGACUUCAUAGGAGAAAUUAACUUGGACUAAAAUAAUCUAAUUAGCCUAGUAUUCAAAGCACUAUGUAUGACUAGUUUAGUGAUGACUAAUGGUAUAGUUUCAGAAAGACACUGCAUAUAUAAAGAGAUUCCUUGUGCUUAUUGCUAUUUCUGUACAGUUUAACAUCCAGAACAGGAAUUGCACAUUGUCUUCUCAUCACUGAUAGAAUCUGUCAUGUGGAAUAAGCCUGUAUCUAGUUAUGCAUUCAGUAGAAAUUAAUUCUCAUCAUUAUUACCUAACUACUGUGACCACUUUCUUUUAUGGAGGCACUUCAUCCUAUGGAGAGAAAUUCUGUAUGGGAAUGCUUUUUAAAAUAUUUACCAGAAAGCAAAAUAGAGCAAGACUGUUUCUGAAGAGUUUUGUCACACACAAAAAAGAUUGAUUUUUAUUUAAUCUUCACAAUGACUACUCUGAGCUGUAAAUAAUGUAUAGAAUUACUAGUGUAUACAUCUCUGUGUCACACACUGCAAAGCUCAAAAAGACAACACAACUCUAAAAAGGAGCCGUUGCCAAAAUACUUGAUUUAGGGCAAUCUUUUAAAGAAAUAAUAAUAGAGAGGUGACCUGAAAAUGCGUGAUUUAGGGCAGCCUUUUAAAAAAAAAAACAUAAUAGAAAGGUGACCUGAGUGUAAACAUUUUAGGUAGUUGAAAGGAAGGUUAUGAAUUACCAGAAUGAAAUUGUGGAAUUAACAGUCCUAGGCUCCUAAAAAUAGGACCCCUUAGUGCUAGUGAAGGUUGGUCCUAUUUGAUGGCCGGAGAGGGAUUAGAUGUUGUUUUUUUUAAUCCACCCUUCUUUCCGAUGGAGGGUGGCAGGGCCACCUAGAACUCAAAGUCCCUGUCCAUUCACUAUCUGCUGAAGACAAAGGGAAAAACCUUUUCACCUGUGAGGAUUACUAGCCCUCACAGUGGCUUUGCAUCAGAUUUCCCAGACAGCCUAAAUCCCUGUCUUUCCCGGACUGAGUUCCCUUUUAUUGAAACCAUUAGGAUUUUAAGUGACUUUGGAUACAAGGAGCACUUGCAGCUUGUAAGGUUCAGUUGUUUCACUACCCAACUCCAAGAACCAGCUUCUCUAUUCUGAAGGUAUUUAAAUUGUUGGGAGUUUGGGUAUGUUAAUUGCAUUAGGGCAUUAUCCAAAACAACUGAUCCCACUUUUCCUGGUUACUGAAGGGAAAUAGACUGUGUUCCAGCCACGAGGAAGGCUUGGGCUAGGCUUGGUUCACCUACUCAAUGGACACUGUUUGUCCAUAGGCUCCUUCCCCUUAGGGAAAGCUUCCCUAGGGAAAGGUACAGGGGCUGGGAAAUCAUCAACCUGCCAGAAUCAAUAGAGGAGCAAGGAGAGUAGCCUAACCUACUUGGACCCAGGGUCUUUGGGUACCCAAAAGUGAUCUGAGCUUUAGCAUCCUAUGGCUGUUUAUCCUAAGGCGCCCCACAAGGGACAAGGACUGUGUCUAAUACCCACCUGUGUGUUCUCUCACUUAGUACAAUAGCACUCAGCAUACCGUUAGCGCUUAAAAAUACUAUGUCUACUACUAGAAAGGGAAAAUAUGAACCUCUCUGCUGCCAAGGAUGAGAGAGAAAACUUCCUGUCUUUUAUGUAGGUGUGAUUUCUGUAAUUAACAGUGGAUACAUGACUAAUUACCUUAAAACCUUAUUAAUUCAUUCACAAGAGCAUUCUAAUAAAAGCAACUGUUUCCAAGCCAAAUUUUUAAAGCAGAAAUAUAGGUAAUGUACCAAGAGAAAAUAACAUCUGAGAGGCACACAUUUUGCUGGCUAACAGGCAAAAAAAAAAAAAAGUUCGGAAAGGAAGAAACAAACAAGGCACUGUAUCAUGACCCUAUUGAUAAAUAAGGACCAUUCGCAGCUUUAAAGAUCCAGCCUUGGUUAACUGCUCUGCUCUCUCACUGUUUCAAUGAAAUAACUGAUACAGUAUAUGGAAGCCUUGAAAUUCUAGGUUGCUUUGGUGCCUUGAAAUAAAAGUUAAUGAAGUUUAACUAGAUAGUGACAUUGUGGGAAGGUAUGCGUGGAUGUUUAUGGGGACCAAGAGGAAACACAGUAAGAACAGAUUUCAUGCAAUUAUUAUUCCUCUUCUGUGAAUUAGAUCUGUUUUUCCUCAUUCCUUAAGAUCUGAUCCACAAUCAUUCCAUGAAUUGUAGUUAUACACAGAUAUGAUUUAAAAUAAUUUAAUUGCACUUGAGAAACCAAGGCCUACUCACUGGGGGUUUAGAAAGUGACUGAAGACCAAUAAACGAACAACAAAUCUCCAAGAAAAUAUAAUCUUCUUUUCUUGGUGUUGGUGCAUUUUAUAAUUGAAGUUGGGCAAAAAUUCCUCAGCAAGGGAGCCAGAAGUCAAACCAACCCUGGUGUAGGGUUGUGCUAUGCUAUGAACCCAGGAUGCAGGCCAGGUAGUCAAAUUUGAUCUACUUUAAAAAUUUUAGGAUUUCAGAUCUUUCACAUCUUGCCCGUAAGUGUUGCAAUUGGAAAAGGGCUGGAAUCUUGAAUAAAAUUUUCCUUCCAAUAGUUUAAAAAAACAACUACAGGCAAUGAUGAAAAAUAUCAAAAUAAUCCCAGAAAUCGAAGUAUCCAAGUGGCCACUGGGCAGUCGGUGCUAUGCACAGUUCCCUCUAAAGAAAAUUGAUUCUUCUUUACCCUUCAUCAUUGGCACAUAGACAGGUGGCAUUUGGUCUAUAUCAGAGGACAUAGAUUAUUUGGCUAGAAGUAUCAUUUAGUGCUUUGCAGCAGUAAUUUCCCAGCUGGCCUCCUAGGUAUCUCAGAAAAGUCCAUGGAUUUUCUAAGAUUCACUAGGUGUAACUUUACUCAAUGGCAGAACUUGGUUACUUCAAACUGCAUUCUGUUUGGAGUCUGUGACAGUUCACAUACCUGGUCUAGGCAAAAUCCUACUAAUGGGACCAACCAAACCACCUGAAUACCCCUACUGGCCUCAGUUGUCCUCCCUUCAUCUCCUCUGGCAGCAACUCAGUAAGACUUAAGACCCUAAAACUAGUACUUUAGAUGCUUAAAUGCUGCCCAACGCAACGAUGAUGGUUUUGAAUCACCUCAAAUGAUGCUUAAAUGGCUCUGUUGGUGGGACUGGCACUUCAGGCUCUCCUGGGGUAGGUUGGUCUGACUGAUGUUUCUUUCUACAGUCAUCAUAACUCCACCCACCUACCCACACCCUGGAACUAGCAUUAAAGCUUGGUUGGUUGUCCUCUAGAAAACAAAGGCAGCUGCUUUGCUUCCUUUCAUUUGCUCUGUUGCCUUGGCUUUUUUGCACUUUUGUUCAUGCUCCAAAGAAUAUUUCAUAAUGCCUUUGGUACCGAAGUACAAUUUUAAACAUUUUGUAUGUAUUGAAUGGUACACACUUCUCUUGUACAAUAGUUAUAAGACUUUUUUUGUGAAUGUGUAAUUUCCUCUGUAAAUUUCAAUCAUGACUUUGUGCACUGUACAUUUUAUAGGAAUAGAUGCCCAGGGAAUGAACUCUAGUUUUCUAAUGGAAUAGCAAAGAUAUUAAAUUACACAAAUCACUGAUGGUUUUACACUGUUACCACUUAACUGAUAUGUAGCCAGACUUUUCCAUGGACAUUUUCAGCAUGAAAUACUUUGUCCCAUCCCAUGGAAGAUUGUAAAAGCUACAGAAAAUGUAUGUAUACUAUAAUAAACAUCCUGUGAUCAUAGGGGAAAGAGAAGACUUCCAGGAGAAUUUAUACAUCUAAACAUCAAAGUGGAUGAUGUGCAUUUAGUAAAAUGCCAGUGAUUCAAUCUA